UGCAGAUCCUGUCUGAGAUGGUCAGCUAAGAUUCUUCCUUUCUGCUCUAUGUUACUUUUCAGAUGGAGCAUGGCUAAAACUGGCAAAAGCCUACCACUUACUCAAAGUCUACACAUUCACCUGAGCAACACAAUAAAAAUUAGUGUAUUGGGAGCAGUGGUUCUUUUUUUUGUGAUAUCAAUGAUAAUUCUGGGAUGGCAGAUCUACCUCUACUGCAAACAUACAAGAGCAAAGAAAUCAGCAGAUACAAAGAUUAAACCUAAGAAAAAAUAUACAGAGAAAAGCAACUUGUCAACACAAAAUGAUUCUUCAGACUUUCUGGCUACAUCAGACAAAGAUGAGUAUCCGGACAUGAAAAUACACGAAUACAAGGUAUACAAGCUCCAAGAGGGUAUACAAAAGCUAAAUCAUUAUCGUCACGGUUCUUCUGAUUGUCUUAAACUGAUACAAUCAAAUGAAGAUCUUGUUGCUGAAUCAAACGAUGAGCUUACAGGAAAAUUAAAAUUUUCUCUAUCUUACAAUAAAGUACAAUCAAAGCUACAACUGACAAUUUUACAAGCAUUUCAUCUUCCUGCUCGACAUGCCAAACGGACUACGGACUCCUUCAUUCGAAUAAAGCUAUUCAUCAGCUUGCUUCAGUACCAAUGUAUUCUUUGUCAAUGGGACACGAAAAUUGUGAAAAACACCAGUUAUCCCUGUUUUGGAGAGCACUUUACCUGUUCUGUUGAAAGGGAUGUCAGCAAGAAAGCUACUUUAAAACUUCAGGUCUGGGAUUUUGACAAAUACUCACGAUGUGAUGCAUUAGGGGAAGUAAGGAUAUCACUGAGCAACUUGGAUUUAUCAAAUACAACGGAAUUCUGUGAGGACUUACAGAGUGUCCAAAAGGAGGUCAUUGGAGAAAUAUUUGUAUCUCUUAAAUAUCUUCCAACAGCCCAAAAAUUAGAAGUUGCACUACUGAAGUUGAAAAUUGGUUGCCUGAGCAACAGUCAAAAUUCAGAUAUUUACACAAGAGUAGAUUUUUACAUCAAUCGACACAAGAUGAAGCACCAGAAAACAGCAGCAAAACCAAAGUCUGGAAUAACUGUAUUUAAUGAGGUAAUAUGUUUCACUGUAUCAGACACUGUUAUUAAUCAGUCCAUGAUUAUAACUUCUGUGUAUGAAAUUUCACUUGCCAACGACAGCAGAAAGCAGCUUUUGGGCCGUGCGUACAUAGGGAGGAAGGGGUCCAAAGAGAAUGAUCACUGGCAGAACAUGUUGCAGUCGUUGCGGCAACCUGUGUCAGAGUGGCAUCCGCUUUUAAUCUAAGCGCAUCCUCUAAGCAGUGCCAAUUGCCAUCUCUUGGAGACAGCAGCAACGUGGCAGUGGAUAUCUAAAGCACUGUAUUCUCUUGCAACCAUGCUGUGUGGAAUUUAUAAUUCUGGAUGAACCCUGCUUCAGUUGAAGUGUUCUCAAAUUUUCAUAAAAGCUGAAGGAAUUGGAAGAUUAAUUUUGAAUAACAGAACAAGAUAGAAGAUUGAGAUUAUAAUGGCAUUUGCAAUAAUUAAUAAUGGCACGAGGACAUUCCAGCAUUCUCCCCACACAUUAUUGGAGCUGGUUAUUGCAGUUUGCUGGGCCAGCCCAAAGCACAUAUAAAGCAAAAGCAGAAAAGCCUCCUAUCUAUUAUGUUACUAAUGGAACCUCAGCAUUUCACAAUUUGUAAUUAGGUUUUACGAAUACAAUUUAGUGAAGCAAAGAUGUCAAUUUAAAAUCAAAUUUAAAUAUUUUCUUAUCUAUGAAAUCAAAUUACAAUAUUCAAAUUUUACUAUUGUUAAGGCAAGUAGUUAGUUACUAAAGUUGUAGGAAUUAAGUACAUCUUUUAUAAAAUGUGCCCAUGGUGAAAGCUGAUAAAAUACAUUUUUUAUAAAGGUCAACUUUGUUAAAUUAAUGCAAAACUCAUCAAGAAUGUCUACUCCAAAGAGGUUGCACCUGAAGUGUUUCAGCUGUGCUUUAGUUGCGAGAAGUUAAUUCUCCUAACAUCCUGAAUGGAACUUUCCAUUGUUGAAAAAGUUCAAUAAAAUUGCUAACCAGUCUUUUUGUGCUUCCUCCUUUGCUAAAGAUGCUAUGGCUGUUUGUUUUCUGCAUUCCCUGAAAUAGUUUGAAUGCUCAUUUAUUUGUUUGGAGUCAUACAUCUUUGGAAAAAAAUCCUCAAAAAUAGCUACAGAAAUUAUUUGGAGUUUGGGGCUUCCAUUUGUAAGAAAUUAGUACCUUAAAAUGCAAAGCAACACACACAAAAUGCUGGAGGAGCUCAGGCAGCACCUAUGGAAAAGAGUAAAUAGUCGACGUUUCGGGCCAAGUCACUUCUUCCGAAACGGAAGGGUCUCAGCGUAAAACGUCGACUAUUUACUCUUUUCCAUAGGUGCUGCCUGACCUGCUGAGUACCUCCAGCAUUUUAUGUGCAUUGCUUUGGAUUUCCAGCAUCUCCAGACUUUCUCACGUUUGUGAUACAUUAUAAUGCAGUUUAAAAUUGUAUUCAUUUUUAUUCAGAAUAUUUGAUUUCCCAGCUGAAUAAGCUAAUGGUGCACAAUUUACUGAAGAAAACAUUUUUGCACUGGGGAAUGAAGAUUGGUUCCCUUUCCUUAUUUUCCAGUGCCAAUUAAUCUUAUUCCACGAAUUGCUGGAGUUGAAAAUUCAUAAGGGAGCACUGAUUUCAAUACACUAGACUUCCUGAAACAAUGGGUUAACAGUGAUUCACUUUAACUAAUUAAAUUAAAGAGAUAGAAUGAAAGCAAAUAACUGACAAAGCAAAACACUAAUUUAGCGUUAACAUGGCUACAGGAAGUAAAAUAAAGAAAUAUUAAAUUAUAACAGACUUCAAAAAAGAAAACUCAUUUUAAACUUCUGUGAUUAAUUGAUGGCUUUGGCCCAGGUGUUCAUGGUAAUUCAUAUCCUUGCCGUGAUUUAAUGGAAUCUUUGUGCGGAUUAAACCUACAUGUGUCAGAAAAUUCUGUUCCAAAGUAAUAAUGUAGUUUUCAGCAAUGUUUUUCCUCAAAGAUACCGUAUAUAUAGAAAAAACAGCAAACAUUAAAACCUUAAUGCAUUGUAAAGUGCUUGGAAUGGUCCACAAACUCUGCCUGAUCUCACUGAUUUCUCACCUAAUCCCACCGUUGCCCUGCCAUUUUAUAAUCUUAAUCUCCUGCCACUUUCCUAUAAAUGUUGAACUGAUUUGAUAUUUACAAUGACACCUCUGGUAUUACCUGUUAAAUUCCAAAAUAAUGCAUGAAAUAGAGCAAUAUUGCUGCUCAAAUAUUCACAGGUUGUGUAGAGAGUGAUGCCAUUUAUUUUAUCCCAAUGGUUCAGUCACUAAAUCCAACAUAGUCUGUGAAAGUGGGUAAAUUAUCGCAGGGUUGGAUCACUCUGUAUUGAAUCAGUGAAUGAUAACGUCACUGCUGUCUGCUCAGCUCUAAAGGAAAAUAAACUAUGAAGGAAAGUAAACUAACAGCAAGGCUGCCUGACUGAAUGCAUGCACAUGAAUAUUGGUUUUUGGAUUGAUUGUUGCUGUAAUUCUUACAAUGAUUAGUUAACAUUACCACAGAUCAUUUCCACACUCUGAUAUAUAUCAGCUGCUCAGAUGAAGGUCCUGGUGGGCAUCCAUUGUCUAAUUCCAACAAUGAAUUAGUAGAUUCAAGAGAGCAGGAACGGAGCUAUUUUUAAAAUGUGUGAACCCUACAGCUGACUUUACUCUCAGUUCUUGUGAAGCUCACUUCAAAUUCAUGUUUAAAACUCGGGAGUUCUGCACUUAUAUUCAUCUCUGUAACUUGAGAACAAUAAGAAUUUAAUGUAUUAAUUUUAAAAAUGUAAGAAAUUGCAAUAAAAGUAACAAUCAUGU